UUUCAACUCAAUCAGAAACCUCUUCUCCUCCUCCUCUCCUUCCCCCUGCUUGCUUUGCAUCUUCUUAUUAUUGUCAUUUUGGUCCUUUCCUCUUUCUUUUCGAGUACCGAAACUCUGCCGGUUUUGCCUCUCAGGCCCCCUCUCCCCUGUUCUUUCCCCUGUUUCCGCCGAUCCAGUCGAUCUCCGGUCCCUCAUCGGAAACUCUGAUGCUCGAGGUUCAGCUUUUAUCAUUCUCCGAUCAUGUUAACGGUUCUCAGUGAAGUCCUCCGCUCUGGUUUUACGGUCAGCUCCUCCCUCAGACGCCGGACUCACCUCGUUCAAUCUUUCUCCGUCGUGUUCCUCUACUGGUUCUAUGUUUUCUCAUAAAUAAUCUGCCCCCGCCUCCACCUCUUGAUCUAUAAUAUACAUAUUCUACUCGUAGAUCAUAAGCCUUAAUCAAUCUGCUAAAUAAAGGAUAAGAAUCUUUACGAUCCGCCGAGUCCAUCGUCUCAUCGAUUAACAAGUAGGAAGCCAAGAUAAUAUAUAGCUCUCGCUGUUCGGUGCGGGAAUUCACAAUCACUACUACAUGGCAUCGCCUAGCACCAAAUGUUCCUCGGGGUCCUCGGAAGGAGACUCGGUGGUUGUGACGGACCAGAGAAAGAGGAAGAGGAUGGAAUCGAACCGGGAGUCGGCCAGGAGGUCGCGUAUGCGGCGCCAGAAGCACCUCGACGACCUGAACUCGCAGGCCGCCCAGCUGAGGAAAGAAAACAACCAGAUCCUCACCGGGAUCAACGUCACGACCCAGCACUUCCUGAACGUCGAGGCCGAGAACUCGGUCCUCAGGGCUCAGAUGACGGAGCUGAGCCACCGGCUCGACUCCCUGAACGAGAUUCUCAAUUACAUUUGCUGCACGACGGCCAACGGGGUCCCUGAUUCGGAGGGGUUCGACAUGGGUUUCGGGUUCGAUCACGGGUUCAAUAAUGUCGACCCAUUCAGUCCGGCUUACGCGAGCCACCCGCUUGUGGCUGCCCCGGCCGAAGCUAUGCUUCAAUAUUGACAAAACCCGGAUUAAAAUGAAAUCCUCGUGAGAAAAAAUGGGGGGGUUGUUGGUUUAGGUGGGAGGAACAAGAGUGAUGCGAUGGAAUAUGCCUCUUGGAGUCAUUAGCAAGGGCAAAAAAAUUGUGAUUACCAAGGUCAGUUAACUAUUGGACGGCUUGGUUUGUGUAAUUGGGUCUUAGAUAUUAUUAAUAUUAUUAUUCCUAUGGAAAAAAAAAUGUAUAUAUAGUGGCGUGAUUUUGAAGGUCUUCUGGUUCAGGCUGCACUGGCCAUUAUAUAUAUAUAUAUAUAUAUGUGUGUGUGGGUUUCGUCUUUAUGUACUAAUUAUAAUAUAAUAAUUAUUUGAUGUUGCUAA